UGCUUGCGAUGAGCAACAGCUGCCCGCACAAGAAGGCCAGUCUGCACCGCUCUGGCGACAUUGAGGACCUCGGCGGAGACCUUGGGCUCUGUUUGCGAUGCCCGAAGCACAAAAGCAAGUUCGGUGGGGGCCUCUUUGUUUCUUUCGCCACCGGCAAAUGCACGACCCGCCGCCAAUGCAGUCGCUCGGACGACGUGGCGGCAUGGGCGGUUCCGACUUACCAGACAAAGGAGGAGGACGGUGUGAUCUUCGUUCGCAGGCUCGCGGAGCACGCUGCACCAGAGCCUGCGCCGGCCGCGCCUACGAGAGCCGCGGCUGAUGAGCAGCAUGCCAGGCUGCUGGCUGCCAAGCUGCUCCGAAUCCGCGCCCUGAGCCCCGACAGCGACGAGUACACUCUGCAGCUGGUUGAGGAACGGGACCGUGCCGCCUUUGCGCAGGAGCCGGCGGCCAUGUGGCACCUCUGGCUGGCCAUGGGGGGAGUAAGCCGCGAGUACACCCCGACGAGCACCAGCGAGGACACAACGCGGAGCGGGCUGAUCACCCUGGUCAUCAAGCUGUACUCCAAGGGUGAGAUGUCGGACCAACUCGCGAGGGCGGCGAUUGGAGACCUAGCCGCAGUUAGUCCGCCGAGGGUGACGCUGAGGAUCCCAGCAUUCGAUCUCGCUCCGACACCGCGCGGGCUGACCUUCAAUCUGUUGGCUGGCGGGACUGGCGUCGCGCCGUGCUUGCAGUUCCUGCGCCGGGCCAAGGCGGCAGCGGCGUGCGUGCAAAUGCUCUACUCGUGCUGGACGCUGGAGGAUGCGCUGCUGGCGGCUGAGCUGGAGGAUCUCGCCGCCUCCUGGCCCGAGCGGGGCUUCCGCUACGCGUACGUGCUCACGAGGGAGAAGGACAGGGCAGUGCUAGUAGAUGCGAGGGAGCCCAAGCGGAGCCGGACCGGCGGCGCCGCUGCUGUCCGCGGCCGGCGUAUUGACGCGGCGAUGAUGCGUGAGCACCUGGUGGAUCGACGACAGGACGCAGUGGUGAUGACCGUUGUCAGCGGCCCGUCGGGGUUCAACGCACGCUGCGAGGAGUUGGUGCGCCGCAACCUGACGCCGGAGGAGCGAGGAGAAGUUGUCGUGCUGGAUGCCUGAGGCUGGAACGCUGGAUGCGCCCCGUCUUACUCUGAGCACUUGCGUGCUAGCCUCACCAUUUGCUUUGUCAUUCGCGGGGCGUCUCAGAGUGCGAGUGUGCCCGCGAAAAGUCCGCUCUGCGCUCUCUAGGUAGCGAGGGAUCGAGGGUGCAGUCCGUGAGCCCGUGUGCGCGUGUCUCGUGCUGUCUCCAUCUCUCUCUUUGUCUCGAUCUGUCCACUGAGCACUGCCAAGUACUGGUUGUGUGACUCCGCCGUUUUCAACACCGUGUCGGCCACGAGUGGAUACCUAGGUACGGCUUGCUUAAGCGUUAAGGGUAGUGUGGUCGUUUGCGCGUUGGAGAGGGUUUUGUAUGAUAAAAAACAAAGGUG